GUCUCGGCGGCCACGGCCCGGUGCGCACCUGCCCCGCCUCUGCCAGACGGGCCGCGGGGCAUGCAGCAGGCCAGGGGCGGGGUUCCGAGGCCCCAGAGCAAGCUAGUGCUCCCCGGCCGCCUCAGUCGGCCGGACCCCGUAUCCCUCCUGAUGCUGCUCCUGGACGCCGACUCGUUCGAGCCGGUGCGCAGCGGGGCGCGCGAGCUCGCGCUCUUCCUGACCCCUGAACCCGGAGCAGAGGCGAAGGAGGUUGAGGAGACCAUCGAGGGGAUGCUGCUGGGGCUGGAGGAGUUCUGCAGCCUGGCCGACAUGAUCAGGAAUGACACGUCGCAGAUCCUGGAGGAAAAUAUCCCGCUACUCAAGGCCAAAGUGACAGAACUGCGCGGCAUCUAUGCCAAGGUGGACCGGCUAGAGGCCUUCGUCAAGAUGGUGGGGCACCACGUGGCCUUCCUGGAAGCCCACGUGCUGCAGGCCGAGCGGGACCACGGGGCCUUCCCGCAAGCCCUGUGGAGGUGGCUGGGCACCACGGGGCUCCCCUCCUUCAGGAAUAAAGCGCCUGCGUCAGCACCCCCGACCUAUGAGCUGCCUACGCUCUACAGGACCGAGCACUAUUUUCCCAUGGACGCCAGGGAGGCCCCGCGCCCAGCCGCCUCACCACCAGCUGCACCGUGAGCUCUGUGGUCAGCCUGUAGGUCCUGGCACUGCCUGGGCAGCCGCUC